AUGCUACCUUCUCCAUCGUCCCUGUUGGCCCCUUUGCCGUCUAACCCUCCACCCACUACUGGUCCUACGCUCCGUCCUAGAACUCCUACACAACCUAGACCCGGGUUUAUCGCACAGUCACCUGACCUCCGUGUAGCUACUCUUCGCCCAUCUCCUAUUCGUCAUACGAUCUCGUCUGACACCGAGGAGCCGAGUGUUUACGAGCUCAGUGGUGAUCAGUCUGAUACCACUGAUGGUUCAAAGGCAGCUUCAGAAGGCGGUCCACAGGCCAUGCGCAGACCAUUCUCAGACUAUUUCCUAGGAAACAGACCCAGGGAUUCCAUUUGCAUGGUGCCAAGACAACCCGGAAGCUGA